UUUAAUGCAUCUUUUAAUUGAACUAGUUCAUUCCGGGACGACGCAUCUAAAAGAGAAUUAAUAAGGAUCCUUAACAAUUUAAAAUUCCUAAAAGAAAUGUCACAAGGCGGUGGUGAAUCAUAUUACGAGGCGUUUACUCCGAAAAUAAAUGAUGUGGCCCAGAAGUACAUUGAUGAUUUGUUAGCGGAAAAAUCUCGAUUGCCUAAAGAAUUCACGCUGUGUGCUCAAGUAAUUGAUGAUGCCAUUGAUCGUAUCUAUGCUACGGGACGUAUACCCGGCAAGGAAUUACAGGCCGAUGUGUACAAACAGUUGCCCAUAAAGGUAACACAAAAUGUCCACAUACCGGUGAAACAAUUUCCCAAGUUUAAUUUCGUUGGCAAACUAAUUGGACCCAAAGGUCACAGUCUCAAGAAAUUGAAUCAGGAGACAUUGUGUCACAUUGCCAUUAAAGGUCGUUCCAGUAUGCGCGAUGAAGAAAAGGAAGAAGCCCUACGACAAUCUGGAAAUCCAGCAUUUAAUCAUCUCAACAAGAAUUUAUUUGUGGAAAUAAGUACUGUGGCACCACCAGCCGAAGCAUAUAACCGCAUAGGUUAUGCCCUGGCCGAGAUACGUAAAUAUAUUAUACCGGAUAAAAAUGAUGAGAUUUCUCAGGAACAAUAUCGUGAACUAAUGCAAAUGCAUCCAGAAUAUGCCAGGGGAAAGCCACCCAUUGCAUAUAGGUCAGUUUUAGGCAAAUUCGGAGGUCAUGAGAGCUACAGAGGUUAUCAUGGAACUGAAUAUGAUGACUAUGAUGAAUAUGAACCACACUAUGCAACACCGGUUCCUCCACCACCGCCACCAAUUUCAUCUAGAUCUGCAGGAGCUUAUAGAGCUCCAGCACCAAGACGUCCACCAGAACCAUCACCAUUUCAUGACAGAAAAGAAUAUCGCCCAAGACCCUACCAGUCUUUUUCAAUGUAUAAAAAGUAAGAGGACUCCCGUAAAUUUGAACAUUGACAAUUUUGCAUAAAAACAAAAAAAAAAAAAAAACACAAA